AUGGCCUCUACACGCUCCCAACCGCUUCUAUUUCAGCCACUGAAAAUUGCCAAUGGAACGAUUGAGCUGAAACAUCGAGUGAUUCUGGCCCCCCUAACUCGCAAUCGAGGAGUUCCCGUUUUCGAAGAUACCCCAGAGAAGCCAAACCGAGACUGGUAUCCCGAUGAAUUGGUUACUGAAUACUAUCAGCAAAGAGCAACGGAAGGUGGCCUUCUGAUUAGCGAAGGUUUACCGCCGUCUCUACAGGGCGGCGGAAUGCCGGGCACCACCGGUUUGUAUCUCCCCGAACAUAUUGUCGGUUGGAAGAAAGUCGUCGAAGCAGUACACGCCAAGGGCGGAUACAUCUAUGCCCAAUUGUGGCACUCUGGUCGCACAACCAUCGCACCAACCACCGGCCUGCCGAGUGUCGCGCCAUCAGCAGUGAAAUGGGACGAUCCAAACGAAGAAUACCCGUACCCGCCGCCGGGCCACGACAAACGGGCCAAGUACCGAGAUCAUCCGCCGGUUGAAUUGACCGUUAGCGAUAUCAAGCGCGUCAUUGGCGAGUACUGCGAGGCUGCCCGUCGUGCAGUUGAGGAAUGCGGUUUCGACGGAGUUGAGGUCCAUGGAGGGAAUGGGUACCUCCCAGAGCAGUUCCUGUCGUCCAAUGUCAACAUGCGGAACGAUGAUUAUGGUGGAAGUCCGGAGAAGCGGUGUAGAUUCGUUGUAGAAUUGAUGGAGGAGCUAGCCAAGACCGCCGGGCAAGAGAAAGUGGCACUCCGGUUAAGUCCUUUCGGGCUAUUUAACCAAGCCCGGGGCUCGCAGAGGAUGGGGACGUGGAGCCACCUCUGCAAAGAACUUAAGACGAAGAUUCCGCACAUGUCUUACGUGUCAUUCAUCGAGCCGAGAUAUGAACAGGUCUUCAGCACGGCGGAGAAGGACUCAUUUCUCGGGUCAUGGGGUCUAGAAACUGUCGACCUUUCCCACUUCCGGAAGGUUUUUGGCGACACUCCAUUCUUCAGUGCCGGAGGCUGGUACGACGGAAACUUUUCGGGAGUUUUGGAGUCCGGCCGGUACGACGCCUUGUUGUUCGGGCGCUGGUUUAUCAGUAACCCUGAUCUGGUUCGCCGGUUAAGGGAAGGUUUACCGUUGAGGAUGUAUGAGCGGGAUAGAUUUUACGGGCCGUUUCCAGACAGGGAAAGAGGCUAUACUGAUUAUACUGCCUGGGAUGUGGAAAAGGAACACAGUGCAACCGUGGACGGUAUAAAGGGGGACGUUGCAACUACUUCUACAGUUGAAGUAAAGGCAUCAGCAUGA